CAUAUCUUCUUGCAGAGUCCAGAGCACAUGGUUGGCAGCCAUUUUGGAGCCAUUUCUUCUUGCAGAGUCCUGAGCACAUGGUUGGUGGCCAUUUUGGAGCCAUUUCUUCUUGCAGAGUCCUGAGCACAUGACCGGACCUUUGUUACCUCUCGGCUAUUGUGACCUCAGACUGUUUUGACCACGCUGUUUUCUGGCUUCCUGACUUCGGCUCGUCUUUCGGUACACUUGACUUUCUGUAACCCCGACAUCGGCUUGUUUCCUCGGCUUGCUCCUAGACUGCUUCUCCACAAGCCAUUCAACUUGCUGCCCUCGUGAAGCCUUUGAGAGCUUUCUUCUAUUACCAUCAUGAUACUUGUUCCUUGCUGUCCCUUGCUGCUGAUGUUUUUGUUGUCUGGAGUUCAAGGUGACUGCACCACUCCACCAAAACAGCCUCAUGCUACAUUGCGGAAUGGAGAACUGAAAGACAGCUACUCUGUUGGGACUGUUCUACAGUACACUUGCAUUCUGGGUUAUAAAUUUAUAGACAGAUCAAAUCCUUCUAUUAGGUGUCUGAACAAUUCAGAGUGGUCAACAACACCUACAUUUUGUGAAGGAAAGCAGUGUAAAGCUCCAUUUGUAGAGAAUGGCAGAAUAGAAUCCAUGGGUGACCUACGGCUUGGUGAAGAAAUAACCUAUGUCUGUGACCAAGGGUACAGACCAAUAGGCAGGACAACUGCUCGUUGUACUUUGUUCGAGGGUAACAAGGUUCUGUGGGAUAUCGACCCUCCAUUGUGUGCAAGAAUCCCUUGUGAGCGCCCACCCACUAUUUUAAAUGGAACACACAGUGGGGAUACAUCUCUUGAUCACUAUACUGUUGGCGAUGUGGUAACGUACAGUUGUGGCAGAGACCUUUCCCUCAUUGGAAAUUCAAGUAUUGUCUGUAUAACUGCAAAAGAUGGUGUAAAUGGAAUAUGGGAUAGACCUGCACCUGAAUGUAAAGCUAUCCAGUGUAGCAGACCACAAAUUCAAAAUGGAAGGCUAACAAGUGCAUUUCAGCCUAUAUAUAACCAUGAACGUGUUCUGCAGUUUGUUUGUGAUUCUGGCUACUCUCUGGUGGGAACUGAGUUUGUAAAAUGUGGGGCUGACAGCAUGUGGCACCCUGAACUUCCAACAUGUGUCAAGGUGGUCGAGUGUAGCAGACCACAAAUUCAAAAUGGAAAGCUGACAACUGGAUUUCAGCCUUCAUACCCUUAUGAGCAUGUUCUGCAGUUUGUUUGUGAUUCUGGUUACUCUCUGGUGGGAAAUAAGUUUGUAAAAUGUGGGGCUGACAGCAUGUGGCACCCUGAAUUUCCAACAUGUGUCAAGGAUAUUUUGACCACCCACCUCACUUCCACCCCCACCCCCAACGUUUAUCCAGCAAGAGAUAAGAAGAAUGAGACUUCAGGAGAUUGCCCUGCUCCAGAGAACCCACCCCAUGCUACUCUGAUUGGUGGAGAAUUAAAUGACAGCUAUCCUGUUGGGACUGUUCUGAAAUACAACUGCAUCCCAGGUUAUCAGCUUAUAGUAGGAUCAAAUCCUUCUAUUGAAUGUCUUGAUAAUUCAACAUGGUCCCAAACGCCUACAUUUUGUGAAUUGAAGCGAUGCAAAGUUCCAGUUUUAGAGAAUGGCAAAAUAGAAACAUCAGGUAACCUCGAGCUUGGUGAUGAAGUAACCUUUGUCUGUGAUGAGGGGUACAGGUUAAUAGGUGCAGAGACUGCCCGUUGUACUUUAUAUGGCAACAAGGUUGAAUGGGAUACAACCCCUCCAUUAUGUGAACGAAUCCCUUGUGAGCGCCCUCCCACAAUUGCCAAUGGAUCACAUAGUGGGGAUGAAUCCUUAGAUCACUAUACAGUUGGCACAGUGAUAACAUACACUUGUGAUAAAGACUUUUCCCUUAUUGGAGAUUCAAGCAUUAUCUGUAUAGUUGCACAAGAUGGCUUAACUGGAACGUGGGAUAAAUCUCCACCUGAAUGUAAAGUGGUCCAGUGUAGCAGACCACAGAUUCAAAAUGGAAAGCUGACAACUGGAUUUCAGCCUUCAUACCAAUAUGAGCAUGUGCUACAGUUUGUAUGUGAUGUUGGCUACACUAUGGUGGGAAUUGAGUUUGUAAAAUGUGGGGCUGACAACAUGUGGCACCCUGAACUUCCAACAUGUGUUAAGGAUAAUUUGACCACUCACUCCACCUCCACCUCCACUCCCACCUCCACCCCCACUGUUCAUCCAGAAGGAGAUAAGAAGAAUGAGACUUCAGGGGUAAUCAUACAGCCAACCAUAAAGACAACAAAAGAAAUAUUCAGCAGCGGACCUACACGGAAUCCGAGUGGAAUAGUUACUAAGGGAGAAUCAGGAAAUAACAACAGCGUGGCAAUUGUUGCUGGAAAAUUGAGCCUUAUUCUGGUUCUUUUGAUUCUUACUGUAUAGUUUUGUGUGAAGAGAAGAUAAAGGAAGAAAAAUGAAGCAAUCUUGAAUUUCUGCCGUAAAGCAAAACAAAAACAAAAAAAAUCUUAAAAUAAUUUUAAAAAGAACAUUUCUUGUUAAAACAGAAAGGGGCAUAUGUUGUCUUCACUCCUUGGGAAGCUACAACAUGACCUGACAACAAGGCAAUAACCAUUCCAAUUUUUUUUCCUGACCCUUUACAGAAAGAGUGGGCAAAGUGAAGUCCUCCAUGUUGUGCGAUUGUAGCUCCCAUCACCUCUAGCUUGCAUAGCCAAUGAUGAAGGUUGCUGGAUGCUGCAAUCCUGCAACUUCAAGAGGACCACACAUUGCCCACCCCUGAAUUAUUGUUUAUAUAUCAUUUAGCCAUUUGUUUCAUAAAAUAAUAAUUUUAAGAAUUUUGUUUACAUAUUGUUAAUGUUUUAUUGCAAUGUAUUAUAAUUGUUUUGUUAUAUUUAAAUAUGCUAUUUUAAAUAUGUAUAUAUUUGUUGAAAAGGCAUUAUGCAACAAUGCUUACUAUUACUAUGCAAACCAGAAUAACAUUUUAUUCAUGUAAACUUUUAUCACUAUUC